AUGCCUCAGAAACCUAUCGAUUACAGCGAUAUUAAAGAGUUCAUCCGACAGCAGGAAACACACCCAAAGCCGCUCACUCCCCAGCAACUGAGGGCCAUCUUAGACCUCAAGCGCGCUAUCCGCUCAGGCGAGCUUGACCUCGGUGGCAAAGACUGGGUUAGCCUACUUUUGCGCUAUCGCGAUGCUCACCAAAAAUCAGGAUGCUCUGUCAGCUUCAUUGACCUCUCCGCCCCUGAUAACACAUGGGCUUGUCGCUGUCAAAUCCAGCUCAGUCAAGACAGCAAAACUCUUGCCUUCCCCGUUGCUUAUGGUCCUGAAGUACAGGGCUUUUCUCGAAAGAAAGAUGCCAAGCAGCUAAUGGCAGAGGGCUAUCUGCCUUCGGAUGGCGAGAAUGUUGUUUUCCCCAAGACGAAACCAAAUCUUGCCAUUAAGCAGCCAGUUCCUCCUCCGCAAUGCCCGACUGCUAAAGAAGCAACUCAACCAGAAAUCCAGGCCCCGGAGCAAUCUCAAUCUCCUCCAUCUACUGAAAGCGAUAACGGCGCACCUCUGGCCAGCACAAGCAGCAGUGCCAGCAAUAGCAAUUCCAAUACAGCCGUUUCCUCUCCUCAAGUUACCACAACGCCAGCUCGAAAGACAUCUCCAGGCCAGGACGACAAAGAUAUCCCCGCCACCCAGCGCGUCGUCAAACUCUGUUCAUUACUCGACAUCCAGACUCCUCGCUACCACUUGACCCCUUCACAACCUCCCACCGACAGCACAGACGACGACCUGCCCUCCGGCUGGUACUUCGAUGGCUGGGUCGACUUUGGGCAAGAUAGUGGGGUUAAGAUCCCUCGGGAGGUUAUCGAAGCGGCUAGCGUGAAACAGGUGUACGGGAAAAAACAGGCGAAAGAGAGAAUGGCGGAAAAGCUCCUCAUGUGGUUGAUGGAAGAGCAAAGAAGUAGGGACCAGGAGCUGGGGGCAUUGUUAUCAGGCACACUGGCAGGAAAGGAGGGAGCAUCAUGA